ACGUAGAGCAAGAAGAGCACGCGCUUAACUGGAGGCAAGAUGGCGGUGGCAGUGCGGAGCUUGCAAGACCAGCUUGAAAAAGCGAAAGAAAGCCUGAAAAAUGUGGACGAUAACAUUCGUAAAUUAACGGGACGUGAUCCUAAUGAAUCAAGACCGGGUCAGAUCCGUCGGCUCAGCGGCCCUAUGGCAGGCCCCGGUGGAGGUAGAGGCAGAGGCAUCAACCUGCUCAGGCGUAGUCUCUCAGAAAUAGGGAGCGGCGGCCCUCCUGCCAAGCAAAGGGACAUUGAGGGAGCCUUGCUGAGGCUGGCAGGGGACCAGAGGGCCAGGAGAGACAUACGUCACGACAGCGACGCUGAGGAUGAUGACGAUGUCAAAAAGCCAGCGUUGCCGUCGUCUGUAGUAGCUACCUCCAAGGAGAGAACUCGCCGAGACCUCAUUCAAGAUCAAACUAUGGACGAGAAGGGCAAACAGAGGAAUCGGCGCAUGUUUGGCCUGCUGAUGGGCACCUUGCAGAAAUUCAAACAGGAGUCCAACAUCUCCACAGAGAAGCAAAAGAGACGUUCAGAGAUUGAGCAGAAGCUCGAGGUACAGGCCGAGGCUGAGAGAAAGAAGGUGGAGAGUGAAAAGAGGGAGCUGUUUGAAGAGAGGAGAGCCAAACAGACUGAGCUGAGACUGUUGGAACAGAAGGUGGAAUUAGCUCAGCUGCAAGAGGAGUGGACCAGCCAUAAUAAACAUCUUGUAAAAUUCAUUCGUACCAAAACAAAGCCUCAUGUCUUCUACCUACCUGGGAGAAUGUGCUCCGCCACACAAAAACUCCUCGAUGAAUCUACUAAGAAACUUAACGCUUUGUUUGAGGAGAGGCGGGAGGCUUUUGCUGAACACCUCAGCAAGAUGGAGUCCCGCCCCCGGCGUCAGCAAAACCGCGACCAGGACAGCAACGCUGCAGCAGCAGGGAUGGACCACUCGGCGGAGGGUAAGCCAGCAGGUCAGGUAGUCAAGGUGACAGGUAACAAGGGGUUAGCAGAGCUGGAUGAAGAUGAGGAGGAAGAUGAUGAGGAAGAGGAGGAUAGAAAGGCAACAGAAAAGGAAGAGGAUAGGAAGGAAAGGGAGAAGGAAGAAUUGAAGAAGGGGGAGGAAGAAAAGGAGGGGAUGGAGGUGAGUGAGGAGGGGAAAGAGCAGAAGAAGGAAGGAGAGGAGAGGGUAAAAGAUGAAGAGGACAGAGAGGAGAAGGUAGAGGAGGAAAGUCCACAGUCAGAGGAGAUGGAGGUGGAGGGUAGGACAGAGCAGGAGGUUAAAAGUAACGGAGAGGGGGGAGAAACAGACAGUAAGGAGGGGGCAAAAGACCUUCAGAAUGAUAAGAUGGAGGAAACGCCUUCCUCUGAGGCAACUGUAAGCAGCCAGGAAGUCUUAAACGUCAGUCAGCCACAGAUGAACCUCCCCGCUGAGGAACCAGCUACUCAGCCCACUGAGGCUCCUGAGCCUGAGAGCACCCCCAGUUUUCAUAUGGCUCCCACAGUGCCUGGACAGGAUGUAAUCAUCCCCGGCCUUGAUCUUAAGGACUCGGCAACAGAGAACCAGGCUGUGGAAGAGAAAACUGAGGAUGAAGCAACUCAGAAACUGCCUGAUACCCAGGAGGCCUCCAACACUACCCCUGCACCCUCAAAGGAGGAGGACAGUGAGAGAGGAAGGAAGAAGGAAAAGGAGUCAAAGAAGGGCCGCAGUCACAGCAACAGCUCCUCCUCUUCCUCUUCCGGAUCCUCUUCCAGCGGGAGCUCUUCUUCUUCCUCUGGAUCUAGCCGCUCGUCUUCUUCAUCAUCCUCCUCAUCAUCCUCUUCAUCAAAUAGCAGCAGCCGCAGUCGCAGCCGAGACAGCGGUAAGCGCAAGAGGAGGUCAUCAGACAGGGGAAGUAGGAAGAAGGGAGAAGAGAGGAGUCACCGCAAGAGAGGAGGUAGUAGUGGAGGAGGGAGGGACUCCAAGGGAUCGAAGGAGAGGAGGAAGCGGAGGAGCGAGGAAGGGAGGAGCAGAUCGUCCCGGGGAGAUAGGGAGCAUAAAGAUAGAGAAAGGAAGGACAAGAGACGCUGAUCUGGCUAAACAGAAAUAUACAAGAUAACAGAAGGGGGAACCAAACUAAUCUUAACAACACUUGAUUUGUUUUUAACCAUUUCCCUUUGAGUGCCACACAGAAGGUGUAUGUUGAAGAUGAGGGAUUGUCAUAAGUGAAGGGGUUUAGUCAAGUCAUGUAUAAAUUGACUUACUGGUUGCCCCUUUCCUAGCAAAAGAAGUGUAGACUUUUUUUUAACUUAAGGUGGUUCAUCAGGCUGGACAUAUCCUUUUAACUGUUAUGAAACACCUGACCAACAGGUUUAAGACUUCAUUUGAGUCCUCAUUUUAACUAAAAAAUGAUUUAUCUUCAGUCUGAGGUGGAUUUUUAAAAAGGUCUUGGUGGCACUGUGAUGAAAAGGUAUCGCUGAAUGUUUGAUAGAUUCUCAUCCUCUUAAUGCCAUGGGCGGCUGGUUCAACGCCAGCCUUUUCCAUACAGAAGUUGUGUUUUCAAGUUGAUGUGACAAUGCUGUUAAAUCAUUUAUAUCCACUAUUUGGUCGCUGUCAUGGCUUUUUCUUCAAGUGGGUACUUGUGUGAUUUGCUCAAAUUCUGGAUAUUGAAGAUUCUUUGGAUCUCUUUUUUUUGUACUGACUGAAAAUCUGCUUCAAAUUAAAGGUGAGGUCUUAGUUAAAA